GGUAUGAAGUAAAUCAGAUUGCAAAGCAUCCUUGACGUCCGUUUAAACUCGUAAUUGAAGGAAGAUUAUUGCUUUCCGGCUCCGUUUCUCAGUCAAAAGAGAGAAAUAAUCGAUGAGAGAGAAAUAUACGUCGGCGGCGUAAGGCUCCUGACUUCACAAAAUACUCCAAAAACCUCCGAUUUCGGCAAUCAUCACUCUCAAUUUCGCCCAAUUUAUUCUUCGCGUUGAAAUUUAUGCGUGGUUGAACGUUUUUGAUUGGAUCAGUGGUGAACUUUUAAAAAGCGGAUGAACGUUUUUUAUUGGAUUGGUUGCUGCUGAAUGAUAUAACUGCUGGGCGAAGGGGGCGAUUUAUGUAUACAGUUAAAGAUGGAUUUGGUAGCAAGUUGCAAGGAAAAGUUGGCACAUUUUCGGAUAAGAGAGCUGAAGGACAUCCUCACCCAACUUGGUCUUUCCAAGCAAGGAAGGAAACAGGAUCUUACUGAACGUAUAUUAACUAUUCUCUCGGAUGAGCGAGUUUCAGGAAUGUGGUCCAAGAAAAAUGCUGUUGGGAAAGAAGAAGUUGCUAAAUUAGUCGAUGACAUUUACAGGAAAAUGCAGGAUUCCGGGGCAACAGAUUUGGCAUCAAAAGCUCGGGGUGUUUCAGAUGGCAGUAAUAAUACGAAACUUAAAGAGGAGAUCGAAGACACUCUUCAGGUGGAAAAGGUUCGCUGCCUAUGUGGAAGCUCUUUGCAAGCUGAUUCGAUGAUAAAGUGUGAAGAUCCAAGAUGCAACGUGUGGCAGCAUAUCAGUUGUGUUAUUAUCCCGGAGAAACCCAUGGAGGGUAUUUUACCAGCACCUCCCCCAAAGUUCUAUUGCGAGCUUUGUAGACUUGGUCGUGCAGACCCGUUCUGGGUUACUGUCGCACAUCCUCUAUUGCCUGUGAAGCUGACUAUAGCAAAUGCCCCGGCAGAUGGUACAAACCCAAUGCAAAGUGUUGAAAAAACUUUUCAACUUACAAGAGUGGACAAGGAGUUGUUGGUGAAACCAGAGUAUGAUGUUCAGGCCUGGUGUAUGCUUUUGAACGACAAGGUUUCUUAUAGGAUGCAAUGGCCACAGUUUGCAGAGCUACAAAUCAAUGGUAUGCCCAUGCGUGCAAUAAAUAGACCUGGCUCUCAAUUGCUGGGAGCCAAUGGCCGUGAUGAUGGUCCUAUUAUCACACCAUGCACUCGAGAUGGAAUUAAUAAAAUUUCCUUAACAGGCUGCGAUUCUCGUGUGUUCUGUUUGGGUGUCCGGAUUGUGAAACGGCGCACAGUACAACAGAUUCUCAACCUUAUUCCCAAAGAGUCAGAUGGUGAGCGGUUUGAAGAUGCCCUUGCACGUGUUCGUCGCUGUGUAGGAGGUGGGCCUGCCACAGAAAAUGCUGACAGUGACAGUGAUCUGGAGGUUGUUGCUGAUUCUAUUCCGGUCAAUCUUCGUUGUCCUAUGAGUGGUUCAAGAAUGAAAAUUGCGGGAAGAUUCAAACCUUGUGCCCACAUGGGCUGUUUUGAUCUUGAAGUGUUUGUGGAAAUGAACCAACGGUCUCGUAAGUGGCAAUGUCCCAUUUGUCUCAAGAACUACUCUUUGGAGAAUAUCAUUAUUGACCCAUAUUUUACUCGUAUUACAUCUAAGAUGUCCAAUUGUGGGGAGGACUUGACAGAUAUUGAGGUGAAGCCAGAUGGUUCUUGGCGUGCGAAGGCAGAGGAUGACCGUAAGAGUCUAGGAGAUCUUGGGCAGUGGCAUUUACCUGAUGGUACUCUUUGUGUACCCGUGGAAGUGGAGUCUAAACCCAAGCCAGAAGCACUAAAGCAGGUCAAACAAGAAGGUGCUUCUGAAGGUCAUACUGGUUUGAAGCUCGGAAUGAAGAAAAAUAAAAAUGGAUUUUGGGAAGUCAGAAAACCUGAAAAUCUGCUCUCACUUUCUUCUGGUAGUAAACUACCAGAUAACUUUAUGAAUAACGGUAACAACAUGAGCAGCAGUGCCACUGGAAGUGGUAGGGAUGAAGAUACUAGCGUGAAUCAGGAUGGUGGUGGGCACUUUGAUUACUCUAUGGCCAAUGGGGCUGAGCUUGAUUCACUUACUCUGAAUAUUGAUGCAGGCCAUGGAUUUACGGACCGAAAUCUUUUGGCUGCCGCAGGGGAUGCUGAAGUUAUUGUUCUCAGUGAUUCAGAAGAAGAGGCUGAAAACCUAAUUUCUUCUGGACAAAUCUAUAAGAACAGUAGUGCAGAUGCUGCUGAAGGCGUUGCUUUUUCUAGUCUUCCCCUUGGAAUUACGGAGCCACAUCCCGAGGAUCCUUCUCUUGUGGCUGGGGGAACUUCAUGCCUUGGUCUUUUCGAUACAAAUGAUGAUGGUUUUGGGGUGCCCUUCUGGUCUUUACCUUCUAGCAAUCAUGGAGGGCCUAGCUUUCAGUUAUUUGGUUCAGAUGCAGAUCCCGUAGAUGCCUUAGUGGAUGUGCAUCAUGGUGAUGCACUCGGUUGUCCAACAUCAAUGGGUGGUGGCUACCCAUUGGCUGCCGAGACUAACAUGGGUUCUGCAGCACUUAUCCCUGAUUCUUCACGCCACCAAUCAAACCCUGAUAUAAAUGAUGGGUUGGUCGAUAAUCCGUUGGCUUUUGGAGGUGAUGAUCCCUCACUUCAGCUCUUUCUUCCUACAAGGCCGUCUGAAGCAACAGAACAGAUUGAAUUGACAGAUCAGGCAGCUAUGUCAAACGGUUUCCGAAGUGAUGAUUGGAUAUCCCUCAGACUAGGUGGGGGCGGCAGUGGGGUCCACUGUGACCCUGCUGCCGCUGCUGCUGCUGCUUCCAAUGGGUUGAAUUCGAGACAGCGACCACCAUGCGAGGAUGGUGCAUUGAAUUCACUGGAAGAUACUGCUUCUUUGCUUCUGGGAAUGAGCGGCGGUGGUAGAUCUGAUAAGAGUAUUAGGGAUAGAUCUGAUAGUCCUUUCUCGUUUCCUCGGCAAAAGCGGUCGGUGAGACCAAGAUUGUAUCUAUCAAUUGAAUCAGAUUCUGAAGAGAGAUAAGUGAGCUGCAUUUUUGGCAUUAAGAAAGCUAGUCCAAGGGGGGAUUUAGAAGAAAAUGUGGUUGAAUUUGAAGUAAUGGUGGUGGGGUUAGUUUUGAUUUUAGGCUUUUGGUAUCUCUGUUAUUAAUACAUGCCAUAUAUAUUUCUUCUAAUCCAAAAAGGCCUGGUAUAGAUUCUUCUUUUUUUUACCUUUUCCAUAUGGUGAAUUGUAACAUUCUAAUAGGCCUUCUAGUACAUUCUAGAAUCUAGAUACUUUACUUUUUUCUUCUUCUUCUUCUGAUUUAUAGCGAUGAGAGGGAAUCGCCUGUAAAUGUCUUAACUCGAGACUUGUCCUGUUACCUAAUAGAAACAUAGCUUCUUUUUUUGGGU